ACAGUUUCACACUUAGAAAAUUUAUUUUAUCACACUUGAAUUUAAGUACAAAAAUAACUGCUCUUAACCACUUGAGCUGCAAGCCCCUUUCAUAUAUACUUUAGUCAAAGUAUAUAAAUAUUGUAACUGGCAAAUGAAUGACUCCUUACUUUGUACCCUUUUUUAUGCUUUCGUCCAUUGCUUUAAUUAUAUAUGAUAUGUACCUUUUUGUUGUAUGUGUAAGAGAAGCAGUGAAGCACACCCCCAUACCCUCUAUUUUAAGCUCUGCCUACCACACCAUUCUUCCAAUUAUACUUCUUCUUCUUCAGUGCUAUCCUACCUACACCCCCAAAAACCCACUCCACCAUGGAAGAAGAACAAUUCAACUCUAUAGAUUCUGAGGCUCAAACCACAUCUUCUUCCUACUCAAAUUCAACCACAUCUUCUUCUGCAGAAUCUGAAGCCCAAAAAGUCAGCAAGAGAUCAAAUCAACAAGUACUUGAUCAUGAUCAAAAGGGUACGAACGAUGAUGAUGAUGACGAUGAUGAUGAUGAUCAAAUCAGUCAAAAGAAAGCAAAGAUCAAUGGUAGUAAUGGGACUCAGCAUCAUCAUCCAGUGUACAGAGGAGUGAGAAUGCGUCAAUGGGGGAAAUGGGUGUCAGAAAUCCGAGAGCCAAGAAAGAAGUCAAGAAUUUGGCUUGGAACUUUUCCCACCCCUGAAAUGGCCGCUCGAGCGCACGAUGUGGCUGCCCUAACAAUCAAAGGCCGCUCUGCUGUCCUCAACUUUCCUGAGCUGGCUCAGGAGCUUCCCCGCCCAGCUUCUGCGUCGGCAAAGGACAUCCAGGCUGCUGCUGCCAAAGCAGCUGCUCUUAACUACCCAAUAAGCUGUAGCAGCAGCAGCAGCAGCAGCCGUGAAGCCGAAGCGGAAACCGAAGCAGAGCUGAGCCAGCACAGGCAAGCUGUCCAUGAUACACAAGACUCAUCAACUUCACCAUCAACCAAUAACGACGACAUGUUUUUCGACCUUCCUGAUCUGCUGUUAGAUUUUGGGCACCACAGGGAUCAUGGGUUUUGCUUCUCUGUGCCAUGGCUUGAAGAGCCUAAUAAUUUCCUGUGGAUGGAAAAUUGAAAGCCAAUGGGACAACAAGACAAGAGCAUUGAUUGAAGAAUUGAAGAAUUGAAGAGAGUUGAAAAAAGCAGCUUGGCAGACAGCUUUAGUUUAAAGUUGAUAUUUGUUGCUUGCUUUUCGGGUGCUGGUCCAAAUUGAGAGGACCACCAGAGUUUGCUUCAAUUCUUGAAUCUCUACAGGUUUGGUUUUGGUAUAUGUUGCCAAAACUUCAGCUUGAUGAUUUAUUUUACUAUUGUAAUGUACCUUUUCAUGUAAAUGUAUAUGAGGUAAAUAAAAAAAGUUCCAUAUAUGGGCUUUUUCCUAAAAAUAAUCCAUAUCCUUUUUCUUGUUUAA